CUACGUAGCCUACUUCCGCUCGAUAAGGAUUUUGCUACGAGAGUCUGGUUAGGACCAGGCUAAUCAAUAGGCACACCGUCUGAUAGUCUUAUUCAGGGGCUUUUAUCCUUGUAGACCUGCCCUAAAAGUAACUUAACUGUGUUUUAACAUUUUGUUGUAGCCUACUAGUCGUAUCGUCCUUGGCCAGAACGCUACAGAGUUCCACUUAUUCCAAAACUUGUAUCUUCUCUCCCCGUGGUUCCAAAUUGUAUUUUACUACAGCUUUAUCAGGGAAAACCUGCCGAUGUAUUUCAUUGACAUGCAGUGUGACAAAAGGCACGUCUGUAGCCUAUCAUGGAACGAUAAACGAAUUGGGGCCCCGGCAAUUGGUGGGGUGGAGUUGUAAACGUGAACUUUCACACGUACGCAUGAAUACAAGGCGGACAGUGAAAAGUGGCAAAGUCCACACGAAAAAUGUUCGUUCUUGGGGUUUGCUCGUUUGCUUUCUUGGCGUUAUCACUGACCUUAGGUGAAGAGACGCACGAUGGAGGUUGGCAGUGUACCGGUGCGGUCGACAGCCAGUGUUCUAAACCAUACGGAGUUGAUCUUGGAACCACAGAUUCAGAGGUGUCUUAUGAGCAGCUGAAAGCCAUUUUGUCCAGUGGCAACGUCCAACUGUUUGAUGUCCGUGAUCCGGAUGAGUUUAUUGACGGGAGGAUUCCAGGUUCUGUAAACCUCCCACUUGGAGAACUCCAGGACGCUUUGAAACUGAGCCCAGUUCAGUUUCAUCAGAUGUUUGGAGUAUCACCUCCUCAGAAGGAUGACACCAACAUUGUGCUCUAUUGCCAAAGAGGGCGUCGGAGUGCAAGCGCGCUUAACACAAUGUUGGCUCUGGGCUUUAACAGGGUUCGUCAUUAUGCUGGAGGGUACGCUGAUUGGGUCCAGCGUGAACAGCACUGAAGAUCCGCUCGAAAACAUCCAGAGAAAUCCAUCCAUGUGCUGUGAAAUGUACUGAACUACUUGAGACAAAGGGAUCAGGGAUUUAGUUGAAGAAAUUACAAAUGAGGCAGGGUCAUUUUGCAAAGACCAAGAGAUAUUAUUUUAUAUCUCAGGAAUGAGAAAUACUGUAGGCCUGCAAAACAGUCACUGGAAAUCUUAAUCAUGCCUCUUACCCGAAAAGGCUUUUGGGUAGGUUAAACAAGGUUCAAUACUUUUUCUGCUAACCAAUGAAACACUGAGAAGUGAUGACAGUAUGAGUGGAUUUGGAUGAUUUCAUUAUUUCUCGUUGAAAAAAAUAGUAACGACUUGCAAAAAUGUUAUGACAGCAGGGGAAUUGUAAUCACUUUUUUAUUCAGAUGUUUUUUUCAGUGUACUUGAAAGUUACACGCCUUUGUCUUUACAGAUCCCAUUCUCCAUUAAAUUGUGCUCAUCAUAGAGCUUCUUGAUAGCUA